AUGCUUUAUAUGACCACAAGUCGAGAUAGUACUAAUGAUUUACCAUCUCCUCAGCCUCGAACACCUUAUAUUUUAUCAAUAGAUAUUGGUACAACAUCAAUAAGAGCCUUUUUAUUUUCACAAAAAUUCGAUAUUAUUAGUUCAAGUCAAAAAGAACAACAUCUAUUAACACCUGAACCACAUGGUUAUGAAUUUGAUCCUGACAAAUUUUGGCAAUCAUUCUUAGAUGUUGUAAAUGAAACAAUUGAACGUUCAUCAUUGAAAAUAAAUGAUAUAUCAUGUUUGGGUAUAUCAACAUUACGCAAUUCUGUUAUAUUAUGGGAUAAGGAAACAGGUGAAACAUAUUCAAAUAUUAUACUAUGGAAUGAUUCCCGAUCUAGUCAAUUGGCAACUUCGUCAAAUAAUUCAUUUACGUGGAAAACUGUCAGAACAUUUUCAAAAUUAGCCUAUCCUGUAUUUCAAACAGCACGUUUAGCAACAAUAAGCCAUUUAGAAUUUCGUACACAAAUGAUUGCAUUCAAAUUAUUGUGGUUAUUUGAACAAAAUCCAUCAUUAAAAAAACGUUCAAAUGAAAAUAAAUUAUUAUUUGGUUGUAUUGAAACAUGGCUACUAUGGAAAUUAACAAAAGGACAAAUACAUGUGACAGAACCGUCAUGUGCAUCAUCAACCGGACUGUAUGAUCCAUUUCAACAAAAAUGGUCAACGUUAUUAUGUAAAAGUUUAGGAAUAAAUAUGGCAUUAUUACCAAAUAUUAAACCAACUUAUGGUGAAUUUGGAAUUUGUGAUACAACGAUAUUUGGUUCUCCUAUUCCAAUUACGGCUGUUAUUGGGGAUGUUCAAGCAUCAAUGUUUGGUCAAUGUGUGACAGAACCUGGUGAAUGUUUAUUAACACUAGGAACAGGUGCAUUCAUUAAUAUUUUAACUGGUGCUGUUACAGCGUGUAGUGAUGGCAUUUAUCCAUUGGUAGCUCACACAAAUUUACAUAAUUCAACUGAACAAGUUCAUUUUUUGCAUGCUAUACAUUCUGGUUGUGCAAAUGUUCUAAAUUGGGCACGUUCUGCUAAAUUUUUCGAUGAUUACAAUGAUUUAAAAAACAUAGAACCAAAAAUAUCUACUUGUUUUUUUUUGCCUGCAUUUGGUGGACUUGGUUUGCCUCAUCAUGAUCCAUAUUCAGCAUCGGGAUUUCUCGGUAUUGAUUCAUCAACAACUCAAGCAGACUUAAUCCGAUCGAUAUUAGAAUCAUUAGCAUUUGUCAUCUAUGAAUUAUUUGCAUUAGUUAGACAUGAUUAUAUAAAAUACAGUGGAAAUAAUCAUUUGAAACGAUUAAGAGUGGCUGGUGGUGUAAGUCAUUCAGAUUUUAUCGUACAAACAAUAUGUAAUUUAUCUAAUAUGGAAAUAGAACGUUGUCAUGCAUUUGAUUAUGCUAGUGGAAUUGGAGCUGGAUUUUUAGCUGCAUACGGUUUUGGUAUUAUUGAUCAGUAUGAAGAUUUUGAAAAUAUAAUUCAAGUUGAAAAAGUAUUUAAACCAGUUAAAUGUGAUAUUGCAGAGAAAAAUUAUGAAUUGUGGAAAAAAAUUAUACCUCGAUUUGGAAAAUGGUAUGAGUUUAAUUAA